AUGCGAACUUCGAUUCUCUCCAGCCCAGCAACGCGCGCCCUUUGCGCCGCCUGUCGCAACGAAGCCAGCAGGACAAACGCAGGAGUGGCCUUCUCUACAGCAUGCGCCAGCAAGAACAGGAACCGAAGGCCAGAAGUCCCCGAGCAAUCAAGGCCACGAGUGACGACGACGACGACGACAAGAGAGAUACAAAAACACCGCCUAUUCCCGAGCGCCCGCGCACACGAAUACUCUACCUCUUCUACCCCCUCCGACAACACACCCAAGCCCCAAGCACCAAACUCCUCCACCUCCUCUUCUUCGGAUAGUAACAAACCCAUACCGCGCUACUACGCCCUCUUCCCCAUCACCCUCCCCCUCGGCCCACCCCCGUCCGGGCCCUUCGACAUCGACGUCCGCGCCCUGCGCCGCGAAUUCCUCCGUCUCCAAGCCGCCUCCCACCCGGACUUCCACCACUCAGCCAACCACGACGAGUCCCUGCUGCAGCGGCGAAAAGCAGAAGCAACCUCCUCUCUCAUCAAUUCCGCCUACAAGACCCUUUCUUCGCCCCUUCUCCGCGCCCAAUACCUGCUCAAAGAACUCUACGACGUCGAUUUGGCCGGUGACGAAUCGACCGACUACCAGAAUGGGUCGGAUCCCACCUUGUUGAUGACGGUGUUGGAAGCGCGGGAGCAGAUUGACGAGGCGAAAACGGAAGCGGAUUUGGAGCCGGUUAGGGAAGAGAAUGAGGCGCGGAUAAAAGAGUCAGAAGAAAAAUUGAGCGAAGCGUUUGCUAAGGAAGAUGUGGAGGCGGCCACGAGGGAGUGUGUGAAGUUGAGGUAUUGGAUGGGAAUAAGGGAGGGGUGUAAUGAGUGGGAGGAAGGCAAGGGGUUUGUUAUGCAUCAUUAG